AUCAACAGUGAUCAGCUGACGAGUUUAGAGGAGGAGAGUUUGAGAUGGUAUCGUAACUCUGCGGCUCCCCGUCUCCUCUCAAUCUGCGAGGGGUUUUUUUUUACGCUAAUAAAUUUGUUUCCCGCUUCGGUUCCCCACCCACAAUGAGCAUCAACAACGAUGUGGACGCGGUCCGUGAACGCACCGCCCGGGACACCGAAGAGACUGCACCUCUGUUACAGGGAGCUGUGCUAUCCAGAGCCAGAGGUGCCUCCUUCGCCUCCUCUGUGUUUAACCUGAUGAACGCAAUCAUGGGCAGCGGCAUACUGGGUCUAGCUUAUGCCAUGGCUAGCACUGGAAUAGUUGGGUUUUGUAUCCUGUUGGUGCUGGUGUCCAGCCUGGCUGCGUACUCUAUACACCUCCUGCUGAAGCUCUGUGACCAAACAGGUAUCAAUUCAUAUGAAGACCUCGGAGGGAAAGCCUUACAAAAACCAGGAAAAGUUCUGGUUGGAAUCGCUAUUCUUAUCCAAAAUAUCGGUGCCAUGUCAUCCUAUUUGUUCAUCUUGAAGUCGGAGCUUCCUGCAGCCAUCAGCAGCCUCCUGAGUGCAGACAGCACAGGAAAUGCCUGGUAUGAGGAUGGCAGGCUGCUUCUGAUCAUAGUCACACUUUGUGUCGUUCUACCUCUGUCGUUGUUGCCUAAAAUUGGCUUCCUGGGAUACACUAGUAGUCUCGCCUUCUUAUUCAUGCUGUACUUUGCAGUUGUGGUCGUGGUCAAGAAAUGGUCCAUCCCCUGCCCACUGCCCCACAAUAUAACGUCCCUUUCAGGUGCCUUAACGAUAUCAAAUUCCUCUGACUCAGAGUGUUCUCCAAAACUGUUCGUCAUCUCUAGUAAGAGUGCCUACGCCAUCCCCACCAUGGCCUUCUCCUUUCUGUGCCACACGGCUGUCCUGCCGAUCUACUGUGAACUGGAUCGACCUACCAAAGCCAGGAUGCAGAAGGUCACGAAUAUCGGCAUCAGCCUCAGCUUCUUGCUGUACUUUAUUUCUGCGCUGUUUGGCUACCUCACCUUCUACACUCACGUGGAAUCCGAGCUGCUCCUCAGUUAUGAUGCAUACUUGCCCCGGGACAUCAUGGUGAUAACGGUUCGACUGGCCAUCCUCCUGUCUGUGCUGCUGACUGUGCCACUUAUACACUUCCCUGCCCGUAAAGCUGCAAUUUUGAUGCUUUUCGGGGGGCGUGCCUUUUCUUGGCUGAUCCACAUCGCUGCAACUCUAACCAUCCUGUGUGUGGUGCUGAUACUCGCCAUCUUUGUGCCUGAUAUCAGAAAUGUGUUUGGAGUAGUAGGAUCAACAACAUCCAGCUGCCUCUUAUUUGUUUUUCCGGGCAUCUUCUACCUCAAAAUCAGCAGGCAGCCCCUCAGGUCCUUCGACUCUGUUGGGGCUGCACUACUCGUGGUUUUUGGAGUGAUUAUGGGAGUCAUCAGUUUCUGUGUUAUCGUCAUCACAUGGGCAAAGAGCUCCUAGCCCCCUUCUGGUCUCCUCCCCCAGACUAACAACAAAACCAAAGAAAAGGAAGCGUGCACCAAACAAACUGAAAGUUGAAUAAAUAAAGGGAACAGCAUCGCCCCCAGGCAUUUUAUUUAUGAUAAAAUUAUUCUACAUUUGUUUUUUUCAUGUUCUUUCUAAGUCAGGGACCAAUCUCAGCUCAGUGUUUACAUCUCCUGUACUGUACUGACUUUUGUACUGUACCAAAUUCAGGGCAAGCCUUGGUUUUUGUUUUUUCAAAUCUGAUGUGUGGGUUUGUGAUACAAAGCUGUAAAUUUACUUUAAUGUGCUUGUUUUUUCAUUUCUACUUGUUCUGUGUUUGCGAUUUUUGCACUUUAUGUAAAUUAUUGACCACCUGAUGAAGUCUACAUCGAAGUUUACUGCUUUCCUAAAUUUUGUACGUGACACUAUAUGUAUUUGUAAACACAAUGGAAAGGUUUUAUGAAUCACAUUUAUUGUUUUGGCAUUUGUUUUGAGUGUCUUUGAGCUUUUUGCCAGUGACAGUCUAAAAUCAGGUAAAACUAUUUCUGCUACAUCGUCUGCUGCAGUGAAUGUGAUAAAGUUCAGUUUGUUGGUUCAUUAUGGCGCGCGCCACGUGGGCCUAAUUUAAAAUGAUGUGUUAGAUUGUAUCAAAUUGCAAGCACUUGAUAAAAGAGACAUUGUUUAUGUAA